AUGCACGAGGCAAGAACGUUGGUGAAAGUGUACUCUGUGGGCGAAACGCCGCUCCUAAUCAUUUCUAAAAAUAACCGAAACGAAACCUCGAAACGGGCCAUCCGAUUGUACCCGACUAUCAAAGCGGUCCAAGAAACCGAGUCGGGAUCUGGGGUCCGGUUGAAAAUCGAGAGGGCUUCGCGGGUCUUGCCCUGUUUGGCGUAUGCGGAAAGCAGGGGUGUUCAUGAGGAAGGCGCCGAGGUGGAGGCCGGACUUGAUUAUGCGGGCGUGGACCGGCCGGAUUUUGGCCGGAGUCUUGGUCUUGACGGUUGUUUGGAGAAUGGAGGAGUAGAAGAAGUCCGGCUGAGGUGUGCGAGGUGGAGGAUUUUGCAUCGUCAGGCGGGGGAUCGCUCUUACACUGAUUUUCAAUGUGAAAAGGAGAAGAAUUACGAAAAAUGUGGUUUCAACAGUGCGGAGGAUAGUGGUGGCGGGAAGCAGACGGCUUUUGUU